UAAGAACGAGACUGUGAUAAGGAUGACUAAUCCAAAUGUAGGCGUGGAUCUCGUCUAUCACAAGCCAGUGGUUCAAUUCCAGGAAACGAAACAAAAGAAUUGAAUAUUUUGGGGACAGCGAACAUGGACAACAUGGAGGAUAAGGGAAGCUUGGGCAGCCCAACUCCGCGACCAUCAAUAAAGGCCUAUGAGAACAGCAGCCACUAUAGCAUCAGAGAGUCGAUCCGCAUCUGGCGUCACUUGUCCGCCCAGCGCAGGGCCUCACAGGCCGAAAGCAUGCUGUCCAGCCAGACCAAUCUGACCAACUACCAAGCGAGUAUACCUAAAAAUAUCAGAUCAAGUGCAAGUUCACGUCGACAAUCGGCUGUUCAGGAACUCUCAGUGGACAAUGUGGAGGAGAACAAAGCGCAGGACGUGCGCAGGAGCAACGCACCGACGCGCAUGUCGAGCGUGGGCACCGAUCUCUUCUACCACGAGCCGGUGCAGCUCUCCUCUACCAAAGACACCUAAGUAGAAACCAUUCGAAAUAUACCGAAGUCAACCAAUUGAAACCAUAUUGCUUUCCCGACAACGGAUGACUAAGUGAGACGAACUUUAAUCUUUCUCUUUCUGCAGGAGCUCUAGGUCAAGUCAGCUGCGCCCACUAGUUCUCUCAGACUUAAGCCUCGCAUCUCGUAGCUUCGUCUAUGCGUCACAUAUAGCAAACCCCUCAAAUGAUAUUCCAAUAAUUGGCAAUACGCAUUAUUCACACCCCGCCGACGCGUUCCAUCAGAGUUCAUAAAUAAUUUAUGAAAUAUCUCGCAACCCUCCACAGGCCGCCUUUUCAGCAAGGGUU